AUGUAAAGACUUUCAUCUUUGUUUUUUGGAUUUGGAUUAGGAAUUAUAGGAAUGAGCCUAUUAUUGGAUCCUUGGGGAUAAGAAAAAUUUGAAAGAAUGGCAAGAGAAACAGCUAGAUUAGAAAAUUCAAUCCUUGGUAACGUUGAUUUGUAUCUUUAAAUGAGGAAUGUGCUUGGAUAUGUUUUUAUUGCAUGUUCAUUUAUAACAAUAAAUCGGUAUUUGUUAUUAACAAUUAGAAUUGCAAUUCUAUAUAUUCUUCAAAUUCCUGUCUUAUUUUUCUAUGCUGCAAUUAAUUAUAACCAUAUAUUAUAUAAAUCUGAAAGAUUUGGUGGUAAUUAAGUCAUCUUAGGGGCUAUUUUAUUCCUUGCAAUAAGUGGGGCAAUAUGUGAUGGCUUGAUAAGCCCAAAGGUCUAAGCUAUCUCAACUGAGAAAGAAAAAACUUAAGAAAAACCCAAAAUAGAAUGA